AAAGCGGAUAAUGUCAACACUACGUUAGCAAGCUUGAUGCAUGUGCUACAAAAACAAUAACAAUUUACACAUUUGUGUAAUAAAGUUUUGUUCUAAAUGGGACGUUAUAAGUGCGCGUAUGAGUGUGAAAGCUCCGACGAUGCAGACGAGAAGUACUUCAAAUUCCCGCUGUGCAACGAGCGACGCCUGAAGAAAUGGCUAGCCAACAUGAAGUGGAAGGACUGGACUCCUUCUCGCUUCUCUGUGCUGUGUAGCAAACACUUUGAGGAGCAGCACCUCGACCGAACUGGCAAGUGUGUCCAGCUUCGGGAAGAUGCCGUGCCCACCAUAUUCCUGCCUCAAGACGAGGCCAGCAGAACCACGACAGCCAGCACUCCAAGAGGAAGAAGAAAAAAGCAAGUGAGCACCGUUGCUUCGCAGACGAGUUUGGCUGCGCCCUCGGCGACCGUGAUCGCGGACGAAGAAGAGCUAGCGCAUGCCGACGCGGAGGUGGAGCUGGAAGACAAAGUGCUCAGGUGGAGGAUCGUCAUGGACCAAAGCCUCGUCAAGAUCACAUCCUUGCCGCACUUUUUCCAUGGAGAUUAUUGCGCCCAGCAGGAUGUUCAGUGGGCACCCGACACAGAUGUGAUGACCUCCGCUGAGGAGAUAGAUGGCCUAGAUCCUGAAAAGGUGAUUGAGGUGACUGCAGCGUGGCAGUGGCUGGGCUUGGAUGUGCGGGGUCCUCUCCCUCCGACGCACAACGGGCACAAGUACGUGGUGACGCUGAGCGACUACUACUCCAAGUGGGUUGAGGCGGCAGCCGUGCCGUCCUAUCUGCCCACGCACGUCGCCAAGCACAUCGGCGAUGCCGUCUGCCACUUCGGCUUACCGCUGCGGAUCCUCUCCAGGCUGCCCCGCGACGCCAUCGUCCAGAUCAAUCAAGAACUCGCCAGACAGCUGACGACCGACGUGUCGCUCGUGGUUCAGCAUCCGCACACCGGCGCCAUCGAUCUGAACACUCAGCACAUGAUUGACAGGAUGGUGAGUGACCUGGUGGAUGAGCACGCGGCUGACUGGGACGUCUUCCUUCCCGCUAAAGUGGUCGCUCUAUGCUUCCAAGAACAUUCCCACACUAAGGAGAGGCCCUUUGCGCUUCUCUGCUGCCAGGAUUCUGAACUCGUCCACUCUCCAUUAAGACUGCACUACACAGACACACAGAUCCAAGAAAGCGCUUUCCUGGUGCAGUAUGGAGUGUCAACCAUCACACAAAUUUGAGUCCUUUUCAUUAAACCAUAAACUCACUGGUGUCUGAUAUUGGUCAUUGUUAUAAAAAAUAAAAACUUGAAUGCUAAACAAGUGGCGU